AUGGCGGAAUUAAAUCCGGAUGAAGGCCGUUUCAAGGUCCUGAUCGCCGGUGGGAGUCUUGUUGGCCUUGGGUUAGCCCUUGCCCUGGAGCGCGCUGGGAUCGAUUAUGAGCUUUUCGAAAAGGGUCAGUUUUCGCCUCAGCUAGGCGCUUCAAUUGGAUUGCAUCCUCACUCUUUGCGCAUUCUGGACCAGCUGGGUGUGUGGGGGGAUAUAGAGCGAGAGAUUGUCCCGCUGGAGGACCGCAAUCAUUAUAGCGAAACUGGUUAUUGCUUUGAGGAGUCGCAUGUUCUUGGCGUGAUCAACAAAGUACUCCGCCGACCGAUUAUCUUCAUGGAAAGAUGCAGAGCCUUGGAGAUUCUACACCACCAUGUGCGCGAUAAAUCGAAACUUCACCCAUUUAAUGGUGUUGUCGCCUACGAGGAUACCGACGAUGGGGUUACAGUCACCACGCAGGAUGGCCAAACGCAUCGAGGGCAUAUCCUGGUCGGAGCAGAUGGGAUACACAGCAGAGUGAGGCAGCUGAUGGCAGAAAAGAUCCGUGACACUGACCCAGCGUCAAGCACACAUUUAGUUGAGGGCUUUACGAGCGAGUACAACUGCAUUUUCGGGGUGUCAAGAAACGACCCUGCCAGUCCUUUUCUUCGCGACAGAAUGGUCAACAAUGUGUACUAUCCGCAGUAUUCAGCUGUUGCAGCUGCCGGAGUGCCUGGACUUGUCUUCUGGUUUCUCUUCGUCAAGGCUGCCACCAAAACCAGAACGCCGAACUGUCCACGAUUCGACAACGAUGACGCAGAAGCCCUCAUUCGCGAGUACGGAGGUUCGCAGGUUGGUCCAGGCUACACGAUACGAGACCUCUGGGAUGCCCAGGUCAAGGCCACAAUGGCUCCACUGGAGGAAGGCGUCCUGAAGAAAUGGAGUCAUGGACGAGUGGUAUUGAUGGGGGAUGCAGUGCAUAAGGUCACCAUCAAUCCAGGUUUAGGGGGUAACUUGGCAUACGAAGGGAUUGCGCGUCUCGCAAAUGGCCUUGUUCCUCUGCUCAAGGAACACCCCAUACCAUCGACAGAGCAGCUGGUAGAAGUAUUUGAUACGUAUUUUGCAGGCCAAAGUCCACGAGCCCAUACCGUCUGCAACCUGUCUGGACAGAUAACCCGCUACGAGGCACAGGAUUCCUGGCUGUACAAAUUCGCAGCCCAGCAUAUUAUUCCUCUCGUCAGUGAUACCACAAAGGCCAAUGCAUACGCAGGUUACUCGAAUGGAGGACCGUGGCUUGAGUACCUCCCGUUGCCUGACAUAGAUAAGGAACUCGCACACCAACGGGCAAAUAAAUCAAAGAGUUCCACCGGCGUUGGUCUAAUUCCUACGAUGGGAGCCGUAAUCGCUGGAGCGGGCAUCGCGGCUAUGGUGUAUCGGGAUUAUGGGAGGAUCUCAUUAAAUAUUCUGGGCUGA